UUUCUCGUUCUAUUUUAGCAGGAUAGCUUCAGAAUUGGUGCUGAACAUUUGGGCUUCCCAGGGCUGGAAACAGGACUUUAGAAGCACACACUGGACUUGCUUCUUUCAGCUCAGUAAAAAUCGAGUUAAUAUGCAGCAUCCGGUGGCUGACAGGAAUGACAGCAGACAGUGGGAUCUGACCGUGGUUUUGAAUUGAGGGUAUUUUCCCCCCUAUUCCCCCCCCACUCCUCAGGAUUUCAGGAGGGCAGACGCUUUCUGUCUGUCUCCCUGAUCCAGCUGAUCAUUUGAAAUGCAGUAGCAGUAGCCCCCGAAAACUGAGGUUAUGUUAGCCCCUGGAAUCCUGUCUCUAGUUCAAUCCUUUGCUCUGAUAUCGAUUGUGUUUUACCAAUAAAGCCCAUAUUUGAAAAUUUGUGCAUAGCAUUUGAUGUGGGAGCCCAGGCACUCCAGUCGUCCCCAAGCAGCAGCAAUGAUUUGUACCCGAUGACGGGGAAGUAAGUCAGUGGUUCCCCUCGGCCAUUUAAACACAGUGGACCCAAUUGGCGUUUUAGAGAGACCCCAGCUAAGAAAGAAAUCCUUAUUCUACCCCCAACCCCCCACAGUCUCAUUCUGCACUGAUAGGUAGAAGAAGGUGAAUUUGCAAGGAUUUGUAGUACUAAGGGUUUGCCAAAAAGGGAUUCUGCAUCAGGAUAGGUGGGGAUAGAUUGCAGAGCCUACAGUAUCCCUCAGAAUAGAAAAGGACUCCCUAUUCAGUUUCCCACCUGCCUGAUGCAUUCUCCUUAUAAAGUACCUAAUAGGAAAACAUCAGCCCUCCCCAGAAAUAUAAAGUAACCCAUUGGUUAAAUUUUAAUUCCUCACCUUACCCCCCCCCCAACCCCUGCGAGUUCUCCUCCCCUCCCUUCUUUUUUCUUUCUUUUUUUUUCCUUCUUCUUCCCCUCAGUGAUUUAAAAUGCUAGAAGCGAAAGCAACUGAGGUCUUAACUUUCAGCUGCUGAAUUUUGGCUAAUUGAAAUUACUGGGCAUAAUGCUAUAUAUAGGCAAUGAAGAGAUUUUUAGAUUUCACUCAGUGCCUUCAAGACAUGUCUUUUUGUAGUCAGAAAAGCCCGAGAUCAAUGCAUUUUCAAACUGACAGAGGGAACCGGCGCUUCUUUGGUAGCACAUGCUCAGGAUCGGGUCUGUGGUUUGUGCUGGGCUGAAGAGCUGAAUGCCAGUCCAUAUGCUCCUUGUUUACUGCAAUGUUUUUUGCAUGUUACUGUGCACUCCGGACUAACGUCAAGUAUCGCUAUCAAGAUGAAGAUGUUCCACAUGAUCAUACUUUACCUCGUCUAACGCAUGAAGUGAGAGGACCUGAACUUGUGCACGUAUCUGAGAAGAACCUGUCACAAAUAGAAAAUGUGCAUGGAUAUGUCCUGCAGUCUCAUAUCUCUCCUCUGAAGGCCAGCCCUGCUCCUAUUAUUGUCAACACAGAUACUUUGGAUACUAUUCCUUAUGUCAAUGGAACAGAAAUUGAAUACGAAUUUGAAGAAAUCACAUUGGAGAGGGGCAAUUCUGGGCUGGGAUUCAGUAUUGCUGGAGGUACAGAUAAUCCCCACAUUGGAGAUGAUCCUGGCAUAUUUAUUACGAAGAUUAUACCAGGAGGAGCUGCAGCAGAAGAUGGCAGACUCAGGGUCAAUGACUGUAUCUUGCGAGUGAAUGAGGUGGAUGUUUCAGAAGUCUCCCAUAGUAAGGCAGUGGAGGCACUAAAGGAAGCUGGUUCGAUAGUCCGACUGUAUGUUCGUCGAAGGCGGCCCAUUUUGGAGACAGUUGUAGAAAUCAAACUGUUCAAAGGUCCUAAAGGUCUAGGCUUCAGUAUCGCAGGAGGUGUGGGCAAUCAACACAUCCCUGGAGACAACAGUAUUUAUGUUACUAAAAUUAUAGAUGGAGGAGCAGCACAAAAAGAUGGGCGUUUGCAAGUAGGAGACAGACUACUAAUGGUAAAUAACUACAGUCUAGAAGAAGUAACACAUGAAGAAGCUGUAGCGAUAUUGAAGAACACUUCAGAUGUAGUUUAUCUAAAAGUUGGCAAACCAACCACCAUUUAUAUGACAGAUCCUUAUGGCCCACCUGAUAUUACUCACUCUUAUUCUCCACCAAUGGAAAAUCACAUUCUCUCUGGCAACAAUGGCACUUUAGAGUACAAAUCUUCCCUGCCGCCCAUCUCUCCCGGAAGGUACUCGCCAAUUCCAAAGCACAUGCUUGUUGAGGACGACUACACCAGGCCUCCUGAACCAGUUUACAGCACUGUGAACAAACUAUGCGAGAAACCUUCUUCUCCCCGGCAUUAUUCCCCAGUUGAGUGUGACAAAAGCUUCCUUCUCAGCUCUCCCUACCCUCACUACCACAUGGGCCUCCUCCCAGAUACAGAGAUCACCAGUCAUUCUCAGCACAGCACUACGACUCGUCAGCCCUCAAUGACUCUACAGCGAGCCAUCUCCCUGGAGGGUGAGCCUCGGAAAGUCGUCCUACACAAAGGUUCCACAGGGCUGGGCUUUAACAUUGUGGGUGGAGAAGAUGGAGAAGGUAUCUUCGUAUCCUUUAUUCUAGCUGGAGGACCAGCAGACCUGAGUGGGGAGCUCCAGAGAGGAGACCAGAUUCUAUCUGUGAAUGGCAUUGACCUUCGCGGUGCCUCCCACGAGCAGGCUGCAGCAGCUCUAAAGGGAGCAGGGCAGACAGUGACGAUCAUAGCACAAUACCAACCUGAAGAUUACGCUAGAUUCGAGGCAAAAAUCCAUGACCUACGCGAGCAGAUGAUGAACCACAGCAUGAGUUCUGGGUCUGGCUCCCUGAGAACCAAUCAGAAACGCUCACUCUAUGUCAGAGCCAUGUUUGACUAUGACAAGAGCAAAGACAGUGGGCUCCCAAGUCAAGGACUGAGCUUUAAAUAUGGUGACAUUCUCCACGUUAUCAAUGCUUCUGAUGAUGAGUGGUGGCAAGCCCGAAGAGUAACUCUGGAGGGAGACAGUGAAGAGAUGGGUGUCAUCCCUAGCAAAAGGAGAGUGGAAAGAAAGGAACGUGCGCGAUUGAAGACAGUGAAGUUUAAUGCGAAGCCUGGUGUAAUUGAUGCCAAAGGGGACAUCCCCGGAUUAGGUGACGACGGUUAUGGAACAAAGACUCUGAGAGGACAAGAGGACCUCAUUCUUUCUUAUGAGCCUGUCACAAGGCAGGAAAUUAAUUAUACGAGGCCAGUUAUUAUUCUGGGUCCUAUGAAGGACCGGAUCAAUGAUGACUUGAUAUCAGAAUUCCCUGACAAAUUUGGCUCCUGUGUACCUCAUACCACAAGGCCAAAGCGUGACUAUGAGGUGGAUGGCAGAGACUAUCAUUUUGUCAUUUCAAGAGAGCAAAUGGAGAAGGAUAUCCAAGAGCAUAAAUUUAUAGAAGCCGGGCAGUACAAUGAUAAUUUAUAUGGAACCAGCGUGCAAUCUGUGCGAUUCGUUGCAGAGAGGGGCAAGCACUGUAUCCUCGAUGUAUCAGGAAAUGCUAUCAAGAGGUUACAAGUUGCACAACUCUAUCCCAUUGCCAUCUUCAUUAAGCCGAAGUCACUGGAGCCAUUGAUGGAGAUGAAUAAGCGUCUCACAGAGGAACAAGCCAAGAAAACCUAUGACCGAGCUAUCAAGUUAGAGCAAGAAUUUGGAGAGUAUUUUACAGCUAUCGUUCAAGGCGAAACCUUAGAAGAUAUAUAUAACCAAUGCAAACUUGUUAUCGAAGAACAAUCCGGCCCUUUCAUCUGGAUCCCUUCCAAGGAGAAGUUAUAAAUUAGCUGCCGUACCUCUGAUGAUGACAGAAGAGUAUUUAGAAGAAAAAUAUAUAUAAUAUACUACGUGGAGGCUUUUAUGUUUUUGUUGCAUUUAUGUUCUUGCAGUCAAUGUGAAUUUUUAUGAAUGUACAACACAAAGUGUGUGAAGCCAUGAAGGAAACUGAGGGGCCAAAGGGUAGAAAUUAAAGGACUUUUGCCGUACGUGGGAAAGACGUCAUGUGCUCAAAGUGCCAGGUGUAGGUGUGGAUUUCUGAUGGGGCUUUCUGUCCAGAGGCUCGAGCCGCCUCCUCGACUCAAUGGGCACCCCAACCUGUUGUAAUGGCUGAGUUCUGUGUGUUGAUUGCUUUAAAGAAAAGUUCCCAGCUCGUGAACCUCACCAAGCUUGUCAUUGCACAUCUGUAAUUGGUACACAUGGAAUUUUGUAACUAUGCACAUCCUUUGAUUUCUUAGCAAAAAGAAACAGUGAUUUAAAAAAAAAUCAGAAAGAAAAGAAACAGUCCCCUUCAGAGACAUCAUUGCAUCAGGAAGAGGUGAUCAUAUAGCUGUUUUUGACUGGUACCUGCAAAGGAAAGCAUUCCAUGAAAUUGAAGAGUGUCUGGAUCAUUUACCUUGCUGAUGAUGGCGGAGGGGGGGUUCCAUCUGGGAAUAGCUUUAUGAUUUUUGAUUGUCUAUUUUACCAUUUAUAUACUGAAAGAAGGCACUAAAAGAUGGAAUAAUUUAUAAAAUAAAAUUAUAUUAAAUGUAUAGAAACUAAUUUAUAUAGGUGAAAAAAUGUUUUUGUGAGAUAUUUUGUAAAGACUUAACUAAUGGAAAGGCAAAGUCUAUUACACCCUUAGCAGACUGUCAGAUUUAGAGAACUUAAAAGUUGCACUAUCCUUUUGGUUGUUGAUGAUUUUUUUCAGCAACAACUUAAUUUCUUUAAAAGUCAGACCCCUCCUUCCUAAGUUUCCUCCCAUGGCAGAGAGAUGUGAUAUUAUGGAAGAAGUCCUGGAUUUGGAGUCAAGAGACCAGAAUUCAAAUCCCAGCUCUGUUCCUUAUAAUCUGUGUAACACUGGGCAAGUCACUUCCCAUCUCUGGGUCAGUUUCCUCAUCUGUAAAAGGAGGAGUUGGAUCACCUGAUUUCUAAGGUCUUUUUUUCCAGCACUAAAUCCUCUGAUGACCCAUUGGCCCAUAAAAAUAAAUUCUUAUGGAACACCAUUUCUUAAUGAGUUGGCCACCAGGCUCUCUUUGAGAUUCAGCUGAAAUCUUUUAGCUGAUGGUUCUUCAAAGGGCAGAUUAAUAUUGUAACUUACUGAAUAGUAUUAAAAAGCCCUGACAGUGAGCCUUGAACAGCUUUGUUCUGGGUUUCUUCCAAGAACACUCAAAGAUUGAGCAGAUGUUUUGGCACAAACUCCAGCUAACUUCUUUUUCACUUCACUCACUGAGGGUUGGGGACAGACAUCUGGAAAUGGCAUAUACCUCUAGGGGAUUUUGUCACAGAUCUGCAGAAUGUCUUGGAGGAUAAGUAAGAAGGGAAGUGCCUAUUUGGGAGGAGGUAUAGUCUAGUGCUUUGCAUGGUGCUUGACAUCAUAGUUAAGUACUUAAAAAUGACUAUUGACUUGAUUUGACUAUAGGCCUGACAAUUCCAUGCUUUAGCAAAGGUCAGUGCUUUGAGGAAGGAUAUGCCAAGGUUCUGAGAACUGCCCUCACUAUCUUGCAUGGGACUACCAGGACCAAGUGAAAGGAAGGAAGGAAGGAAGAAGAAGAAGAGAGAGAGAGGAGAAAGAGAGAGAGAAAGAAGAAAGAAAGAGAAAGAGAGAAGGAAGAAAAGAAAGAAGAAAAGGAAGGAAGGAAGGAAGAAAGAAAGAAAGAAAAACCUCCCAAAGCCUAUAAACUGAAAUGAGAGUAAGUUAAGCACCUCCUAGUUGCCUGGCUACAUCGGAGCUUCUUUCACCCCAUUGUUUAGGGAGAAAAGCCUUGAGUGACCUUGACUAGAACCGACUAUGGGUUCUCACUUCCAGAGGCCGAGCCCCACAGCCUUAUCUGAGUGGCAUCUCCCGACCUGGCAGGUAUGUUCCUGUCACACUGUGCAGUUAACAGGUGCAUCAGCAGGGGUGAAGAGAGAAAAGGGCAACUGACAACUAUCAGCACUGAUGGCGCUUCUUUGCAGUAGAAAGAGAUCAGACAUCAGGUCCCUUUUAGAGAAACCAAGUCGUCCACCUUUCUCCAAGUACCAUCCAUUUGUCUGGCUACGACCCACCCUGCCCCCUUUCCAAAAAAGAAAGAAAUACAAAACAAAUCCAUCUGUGCAUUCAAUUAGAGUCCUGAGUCACCAGAUAGAAGGGCUAGGCAUGCAUUUCCAGCCCUCCCAGCCCCCACUACAAUUGAAGCUUCCAGAGAAUUCUGCAAAGCUCCUCAGAUUCUACGGAGAUUUCCACGUCCAUUAAUUGCUGUUGUCUCAGGUUCAGCUCCCCCCUUUCCAGCCCGGGUCCCGGAACUUUCUCCUCCUCUUUUCUCAGCUUUCCUUCCUUCCCAAACCACUCUUGACAGGCAUCUUCGUUUCUCUCCCUUUGAGCAUGCAACCUUUUCCGGGACUCUCCUUAACUGAGUACGUGUUUUCUAAGGUCGUGUGCUGUGCUUUCCAGUUGACAGUGGUAUCGUGGCUGAGUACAAUCAAGUUCUUUCCCAGCCAAUCUUCUGUUCUCCAGUAUAUUGUAUAUUAUUUAUUUUUCUUGUCGAGAUGCUUCCAGCUUAGGGUUGGCAUUUGCACUGUUUUGUUUUGUUUUGUUUUGAUAUAGGUUUUUCACUAUUAUAUAUCUCAGCUUGGAGGAUCGCCAAGAGGAUUGGUGAGAGUCUUCUUUUCCCCAGUAGGGUUUUCUCUUCCAUUUGCUUUGCUGUCCGGAUGUUUCGUGCUUUCCAUCCUCACGCAGUCUUUAGUGCUCCUUGCCAUUCUGAGAUUUUGCAGCAGCUGUAACGAAGGCAGGAAAAGGAUUCCCAGUUACAUCUAGUGCCAGUGCACUCGGAGCCUCGGAUCAGACUGGUGCUAACCCUGCGAUCAAACAGUGAACUAACUGGCGCGCUCUCUCUCCCUCCCUCUUCGUCUCUCCCUCCUGCCAUUCAGGGGGCUCUCUGGUGGGCACAGCACUACCCCCCCAACCCCUCCCGCCAUGCGACAUGCAAACCCGGGACCCUUUCGGAAAUGUGCCAGAUCGUGUCACUGGUGCUAUUUCGCAUGCUCUGGCACAAUGUGUAGCACCACAGGGGUCUUCACUCAACCAAAAAUUAAAUCUCAUCUCCCGUUUGCAACAAAUCCCCUAACUGUUCAUUUCUGCUCACUGUGGGCAGACGGGCGGCGGUAUCUUCCUUCUCAGCCCUCCAUUAAGUUCUCUGCUGAGUCUAUACCCUCCUGUUUGCCACUGGUGCUCAGGGAGGCCAGCUAGAAAAAACCCUGAUCCCUGCCUUCACAUUCCAGCUGUCUCAGUGUAUCUAUCGCUAAUCCUCCAGGACAAAAUCCAUGCUAGGAUAUACCACUCUCCUUUCCAUAUCUGGUAUCUCUUUUUUCCUCCUUCUCUCUUCUCUCAGCAUACUCUCUUUUUCUUUCUUAUUCCCCUCCCUUUUCUUCUGACUGCCUCUUCUCCUUCCAUCUUCUUUUGCUCUCAUCUCUCCUUUUCAUAUUCUAGCUUUUUCCUUUCCCUCCACCAAUUCAAUUUCUCAUCCCUUCCCUUGCUCUUCUCUUUCCCUCUUCCCCCCUUUCCCUAUUCCAUUUCCCCCUCGAAUCUUAAUCUCCAUUUAACCCCCUACCCUGUCUACCCCCACUCUCUUUUCUUCUUCUUCCUCUCUGUUACUCCUCCUUCACCUUCUUCAUCUCUUCCAUUCUUCUGGACACUGUCCUUUAUUUCCAUCCCUCUCCCUCCAUCCCUCACCCUCAGUUGUUCCACUUCUCUCUCAGCUUCACAUGUGAUGGCAUCAGAAAAUGCACCUUGCAUGGAAUUGUUCCUGCUUCUCUAGCAGAUCAGAGCUGGAUGUGAGUUACAGAAGAGCAGUAAUUCCUAGCCAACAGCCUGGUUGGCUGGUGGAUGACAGCUAAUCCCUUCUGGGAUUCCUGUUCUUCUCCUGAGAAUUGUUUGACUUUGCACUGUCACUGCAAGAAUACCUUCUAAAAAUAAGACCAGUCUGAACCUCGGAAUCUCAUUGGCAAUCAGGAAGAAGCCACCUGUGGCUAAGUCAGGAGCAAAAAAUACUGACCAGAAAGAGUAAUCGCCAUAAGGAGCCAAACCUUUGCCCAGGCCACUUAUGGACUCAAAGUUGUUGUUUUAGUUUCAGGGAGAGGUUUCCUUUCCUUUUCCUCUCCAUUCCAAAGUUUUCCUUUUCUUCUCUCCAUAUGAAGCAUCCUCUUUGGCCCCUUAGCCAUGGACUCCAGCCGGUGCCUGACUGAGUUCCCUUAACUCUAUUGUUAAGCCAAAAUGAAUUUGCUGAUUGUCCUGUCACAUUCAGAGAACAUUUAAGCAAGGAACCAAGAUGUCCAUUCUUGUUUCUUUUUUUUUUGGGGGGGGGGGGUGGCGUUCUCUUGAAGUUGGUGAAAGAACCUCCCAACCCUUCCCCAUACCCCCAGGGAAAAUCAUUCUGAAAGUGAACUAAAUGCAAAUUCUAUUGGUAUGUUUUUAUAUAUGUAUAUCUAUGGUAUAUACCCAUUAUAUAUACUGUAUAUAAACAUAUAUUUAUUGGGCAUGUGUAGGGAUCUGUACCAAUAAUGGCACAUGGGCACAUGGGCUGUAAAUAUUUUUCUUGGCUCCAACCUGUCCUUCAGGACUAGUUACCAUACAGCAUAUCGUAGCCUGCCCCAUCACCGAAGGAGCACCUGAGAACAAGCUGGGCUGGGCUGACAUCUAGGUAUUGAUUAUCUGAGUAAUGGAGCCCAGGAGAUCAUUAGCAAAACAUCAGGAAAGAGAAGCAGAUGGCACUGUUGACUCCCAGUGGGAAUGACCGACUUUCCUUCUUUUCCCUUUUAAUUUUGUGUUUCCUGAGUUUCCAUUGGAGUGUCUGAACUUUCGAGUAUGCCAGGCUGUAUCCCAGUUGAUGCUUUGUUUCUAACACUUGUGGUGAUGUGAUUCUCUCUGACAGGAUGUUUCUCCACCUUGAGCUGUAGUUGGGGGAUACUUGGAGUCUGAACUGGGGUUUUACAGAGACAUUAUACAGCUUACACUCCUGUUAAGUGUAAAUAUUUGACACAUCCAUUCCAUUUGUGUAAAGAAUAAAGCACACACAAUUAUAAAGUUGAGAUGUAUAUUUCAUA